AUGUUUUAACAAUUCCUUGAUGGAUUGGGAGACCUAAAGAAUAAACCUGUUGCCUUGAAGCAAGUGAAAAAGAUUUUAAAGAUUGAAGAAAAAAGUUUACCUAAAAACAUAUCAAAUUACUUUGUAGAAUUUACUAAACAUACUUCGCACAAGUGGUAACGAAAGGAUAAAAUGAUUUUUAUUUGGACAACUCUAAAACAUUUAGAGAAAUAAGGUCGUACAGACUUAAAACCUAACGACGACGAUUGGAUAGCACUGUCAGAAAUCCUUGGAGCACCUCCAGAACUGUUGAAUUCGAAAUGGAUAGGGAUGUUAAAGACUGAUUUGAAACAGUCUCCAUGGACUAUUGAAGAGGAUGAACUCCUAAAUAAAGUGAUGACGCAAAAAUUUAUUUCAUGGACUCACGUUGCUCUAGAGUAUAACCGUAUAAGCCCAAUUAUGAGGCAUGCCAAGUAAGUUAGGGAAAGAUGGAAUAAUUAUUUGGACCCUGAACUUAACAAGUGCCCAUGGAGUGAAUAAGAAUAAAUUCAAUUGUUGCAAUUAGUGUAAAAGUAUGGAAAAAAGUGGUCCGUGAUUUCUAAAUAAAUAAAAGGAAGAACUGAAAACUAAGUCAAAAAUGCUUACAAUUCUUUGAUUAAUUCCUACAGAAGAAAUCAUAUAUAAUCCCUUGAUUCUGAUGAAAUAAUUAUUUCUAAAUUAUUAACCAAAUUAGAUCCCCCACUCUAAUAAGCCAAUGCAAGCACGCCUAUGAUUUAAGCCAUACCCACUCUCCAAUAGCAAUUCAUAAUGCAGGCUUUGCUCAUCGAGAGAUUAAAAGGCAUGGCCUUCUUCGCCUAAUUCCCAGGUUUUAUGGCAACCCAACAGUAAUAAAUUUGA